AUGUCUGUUCCCCAAACCAACACCAUCACGCGCCUCAAGUAUGGCAAGAAGGCCAGGAUGGGCACCAUGGGCAUUGUUCUGAAAGGCGACAAGGUCCUGCUGAUCCACCGCAGGCUGAAGAACAAGACGAUCAAAACAGACGGUCCUCCCGACACUUGGGCCUUCCCGGGCGGUGGCGUGGACGAGGACGAAACCCCAGAGGAGACGAUUGUGCGCGAAAUCCAAGAGGAGGUCGGCCUGGAGGUGGCCAUCAAGCACAUCGGAGACGAGACGGUGUGGGGUGAGACCGAUGACUUCUUGGAGGACGACCUGUGGCGCUGCUUCUUCUUUGUCCUAGAGCAAGUCGACCCGGAGCAGGAACCCAAGAUCAUGGAACCGCACAAGCACGUUGGCUUGAUGUGGAUGGAAUGGAAUGAGCUGUGGGCCAGGAUUGAGGCCGAAUUGGCCGACGACUGGGAAGAGACGGAGAGGAUGCGCUUCUUCCCGUCCAUGUGGAACAUGGUCCAUAAAUAUCCGAAGCGCUGGGAUGCGGCUUGCUUGGAGAAGCGCCUGAACUAG